UUAAUUAUGUCAGAUUUUGAAAUAGCAUCAAUUAAUGCAUUUAAAGAAGUAUUUCCAAAUUUAAAACAAAAAGGAUGCCAUUUCCAUUUUUUCCAAUGUAUUUGGCGUAAAAUACAACAAAUUCAACAUAUGGCCCAAAAAUAUAUAUCGGAUUCGACAUUUUCAUUACAGAUACGACUCUUAUUAGCAUUAGCAUAUGUACCAGAAAAUCAUGUGAUGGAUGCGUUUGAAGAAUUAAUAGAUUCACAAUACUAUACAGAUAACGAAAAAAUUUUACAACCAUUUAUUGACUACUUUGAAGACACCUGGGUAGGCCGCCCAAUGGGUCGAAGAAAAGGUCGUAGAUUACCAAAGUAUUCAAUAAGUUUAUGGAAUUGUUACGAAUCGGCAAGUACUUUAUUGCCAAGGACUAACAAUGCAGUAGAGGGUUGGCAUAGAGAUUUUAGUUCAUUACUUGGUGCAUAUCAUCCAACAUUAUGGACAUUUAUCGAUGUAUUGAAAGAUCAACAACAUUUAGAGGAUAUUAAACAGGAACAGUUCAUUGCUGGUGCCAAAAAAUAUAAAAAAAAAAAAUAUAAAGAUUGUUCAAAAAAAAUACGUAAUUUAACCUCAUCUUACAAUACUAACGACAACAUUAAUUAUUUAAAAGAGCUUAAUAAUACACGCACAUAUAAAUGAAUAAACAUAGAAUAUUUUUAAUUAAAACAAUUAAAAAGUGCACAUUAUGGCGACAACAAAAAAGCAGUUGUUGUUAAGGGUUUCAUCAUUAUCCUUUCAAACUUAUCAGGUAAUUGAUUUUUCGUUGUUAUCAAUGAUAUUUAUUUGAAUAAUGAAAUAUACACAAUUACAACGCGCAAUUUUAACCGUUGGUAAUCGUGUACAAUAUUUCAAUACAUGUAUGUGUUUGAAAAUUAAUAUAUUAAUUCCUUGAGUACAGGAUUGAGCUGGGGCAGGCUGGAUACCAGAAGUUUCCCGGUGGCCCGCUUGUAUUUGUAAGGACGUGUUUUUUUAGGUUCAUUGGUUAAGGCUCAUUCUGUCGACAGAUAUUGACACAUUUUCUAAUACGAUUGUAUUAGAAUUUAGAAAACUGUCCAAUGGCAUCAUUUAUGCUUAUUUCUGCUGAAUCUGAUAUUUUGAUGACGUUGCAUGGAUAAUGAAAUCAUAAUCGACACAAUUUCGCAAAAAAGCUAAAACCUUAACAAAUUUCUUAAUAUGUAUUAAUGUGUAUUCUGGAGCCUAAACAUAUGUAUUUCAAAUAAAAAUGAUAACAUUUCUUUGUA